UCUCCUGUGCGGGAGCGCGCAUCAGAGACCCAAGGACAGAGCCGCGCGCUCCUGACGAGCAUCAGGUCAUCACGAGCCCGAACCGACACCGAGGAACCGGAGGAACCAGAGGAACCAGAACCAGAGGAACCAGAACCAGAGGAACCAGGACCGACGUCCAGACGGUUCGGAACCGGACGGAGUCUGAAUCAACAGGACGGAGAGAGACCAGGACCCGGAGACACCUGGUUCAUCCACGACGUCACCGGAACCGGGACCUGAUUGAUCUCAUUGAUCCGAAUCCGAACGGAACCGAGACCAGAGACACCGAACCGGAGAGAGACCGAGGAGACGAAGAAGAACCGAGAAAUCAACAGGACACACAGCGACGCGUUCUGUGACGGAAUUUAACCGAGAGGACCGGGACCAGGACCGGGACCAGGACCACGACUCUAACAUGGAGCUGCGUGGGGUCCUGCUGCUGGCCGUGCUGCAGUGCUGCUCGGUGGCUCGUUGUGGUUGUGAACCUCGUGUGGUGAACGUUGGCGCCGUCCUGAGUCACAAACGCUACGAGCAGAAUUUCAAGGAGGCGGUGAGUCAGGCCAACGCGCUCUACGGCAAAGACAAGUUCAAGAUGAACGCCAUCUCCGUCACACACAAGCCCAACGCCAUCCAGAUGGCCCUGUCCGUCUGCGAGGACCUCAUCUCCAACCAGGUGUAUGCCAUCCUGGUCAGCCAUCCUCCUCAGUCCAACGACCACCUGACUCCGACCCCCGUCUCCUACACGGCUGGUUUCUAUCGGAUCCCUGUGGUCGGCCUGACGACCAGAAUGUCCAUCUACUCAGACAAGAGCAUCCACCUGUCCUUCCUGAGGACCGUGCCCCCCUACUCCCACCAGGCCCAGGUCUGGUUCGACCUGAUGAGGGAGUUCAGGUGGAACCACAUCAUCCUCAUCGUCAGCGACGAUCACGAAGGACGAGCAGCUCAGAAGAAGCUGGAGACGCUGCUGGAGGAGAGAGAGACAAAGACUAAAAACAGGAACUAUGAAACCCUCGACCAACACAACUUUGACUUCAGGAGAACGCCCAAGGCUGAGAAGGUGCUGCUGUUCAGCCAAGACACCAACCUGACGGCACUUCUGCUGGAGGCCAAGGACCUGGAGGCCCGGGUCAUCAUCCUCUCAGCCAGUGAGGACGAGGCGUCCGCCGUCUACAAGGCAGCGAGGCAGCUCAACAUGACCGGCUCUGGGUACGUCUGGCUGGUCGGAGAGAGGGAGAUGACGGGGACCGCUCUGAACGAAGCUCCUGAAGGCCUCCUGGGCCUCCAGCUGAUUAACGGGAAGAACGAGUCGGCUCAUAUCAUGGACGCCGUGGCCGUGGUGGCUCAGUCUCUGCAGGAGCUGUUUGAGAAGGAGAACAUCACAGAACCUCCCAGAGGCUGCGUGGGCAACACCAACAUCUGGAGAACCGGUCCCCUCUUCAAACGGGUGCUGAUGUCAUCAAAGUACUCCGAUGGCCUGACUGGACGAAUCGAAUUUAACGACGAUGGCGACCGGCGCUUUGCCACCUACAGCAUCCAAAACUACCAGAAACCAGGUCGCAUCGUCCAGGUCGGAGUCUUCAACGGAUCACAGGUCGUGAUGAAUCCUCAGAGGAAGAUCAUCUGGCCUGGAGGAGAGACAGAGAAACCAGUUGGAUACCAGAUGUCGACCAGACUCAAGAUCGUGACCAUCCAUCAGGAGCCGUUUGUCUAUGUGAAGCCGACUAAAACUGAUGGAACCUGUAGAGAAGAGUUCACUGUGAACGGAGUUCUGAUCAAGAAGGUGAUCUGUACCGGACCCAACGGAACCAUCCCAGGCCAGCCCAUCGUCCCUCAGUGUUGCUAUGGUUUCUGCAUCGACCUCCUCAUCAAGCUGGCGAUGAGCAUGAACUUCACCUAUGAGGUUCACCUGGUGGCUGAUGGGAAGUUUGGGACUCAGGAGAGAGUGAGUGAUGUCACUGAAGAGGAGUGGAACGGGAUGAUGGGGGAGCUGCUGGGGGGUCUGGCCGACAUGAUCGUCGCCCCCCUGACCAUCAACAAUGAGCGCGCUCAGUACAUCGAGUUCUCCAAACCCUUCAAGUACCAGGGGCUCACCAUCCUCGUCAAGAAGGAAAUCCCUCGUAGCACUCUGGACUCAUUCAUGCAGCCGUUCCAGAGCACGUUGUGGCUGUUAGUGGGUCUGUCGGUCCAUGUGGUGGCAGUGAUGCUCUACCUAUUAGACCGGUUCAGCCCGUUUGGAAGGUUUAAAGUGAACAGUGAAGAAGAAGAGGAAGACGCCCUGACCCUGUCCUCUGCCAUGUGGUUCUCAUGGGGAGUUCUGCUCAACUCUGGGAUCGGAGAAGGAGCUCCGAGGAGUUUCUCAGCCAGGAUCCUGGGGAUGGUGUGGGCAGGGUUCGCUAUGAUCAUCGUAGCAUCGUACACCGCUAACCUGGCAGCCUUCCUGGUGCUGGACCGGCCUGAGGAGCGCAUCACUGGCAUCAAUGACCCCAGGCUACGUAACCCGUCGGAUAAAUUCAUCUACGCCACAGUGAAGCAGAGCUCGGUGGAUAUCUACUUCAGACGGCAGGUGGAGCUGAGCACCAUGUACAGACACAUGGAAAAACACAACUACGAGAGCGCUGCCGAGGCCAUCCAGGCCGUCAGAGACAAUAAGCUCCACGCCUUCAUCUGGGACAGCGCUGUGUUGGAGUUCGAGGCUUCGCAGAAGUGUGAUCUGGUGACGACAGGAGAACUGUUCUUCCGCUCGGGCUUCGGCAUCGGGAUGAGGAAGGACAGUCCGUGGAAACAGAACGUCUCUCUGGCCAUUCUCAGUUCUCAUGAGAACGGCUUCAUGGAGGAUCUGGACAAGACAUGGGUUCGAUACCAGGAGUGUGACUCCAGGAGCAACGCUCCCGCAACCCUCACCUUUGAGAACAUGGCAGGUGUGUUCAUGCUGGUGGCCGGUGGCAUCGUUGCUGGGAUCUUCCUCAUCUUCAUUGAGAUCGCCUACAAACGGCACAAAGACGCUCGCAGGAAACAGAUGCAGCUCGCCUUCGCUGCCGUGAACGUGUGGAGGAAGAACCUGCAGGAUAGGAAAAGUGGUAGAGCAGAGCCCGAGCCCAAACUGAAAACCUCUUUUAGGUCCAUCACUGCGACCUCCGACCUCAAACGUCGUAGGGGCUCCGGGGACGCCACGCCGUACCCGACUGACAUCACCGGACAGCUCAACCUAUCAGAUCCCUCCGUCAGCACCGUCGUCUGAGAGAGACACGCCGCUCAAAAACACACUGCAACACAACAACACACAUGCUUGGUCUUUUACUUUGAAAGGACUGAUUUUAUUUUGGUAGAUGUCUGUGAUGUUGUGCAGUUAGUUCUGUUUCCUGUCAGACAUCGGGAUCCGUUUUAGAGCCGGAGCCUCGAAGAGUCCACAUGUUAACAAAUAUCUAACGGCCAAGAACUUGUCGACCAGGAACUUCCCAAUCAACGCAUUGGUUCCUGUUGAUCUGGUUCCUGGUCAUCUGGUUCCCGUUGAUCUGGUUCCUGGUCAUCUGGUUCCCGUUGAUCUGGUUCCUGGUCAUCUGGUUCCUGGUCAUCUGGUUCCCGUUGAUCUGGUUCCUGGUCAUCUGGUUCCCAAUUACCUGGUUCCUGGUCAUCUGGUUCCUGGUCAGGGUGUGGCAGGUGGGCGGAGUGUCUGGGACAGGAAGUCGUUCUUGAACGCUGAACCUGGUUGGUCGUUAAACCGCUGAGGAUCAUGGGUAGCGAGUACCACGAAGUUUUAAUGAUGAGGAUUUAACUUCACAACUUAUUUUCUUGUUUUUAUUUGCUAUUGUUUAUUAUCUAUCAUCUUAUUUAUUAUAUACACUUCUCCACUUAUUCAGAUUUAGAAAACUUUAUUAAGGCCACAACGUAGAACUAUAAAGGAUAUUUUAAGUUUUUAUUUUUUUCUCAAAAUCAUCAUCAUCGAAAAUGUUUAAUCACCUGAUGGGAUUAAAGUUUUAGUUUGCCGUUAUUAGAAUCUUUUAUUGUGGAUAACUGUAUUUGUAGUUCAUUUUGUUACAUGAUAUAUAUAUGCAGUUAUAUAUGAUACAAUAUAAUUAUAUUUUAAUAAUGUAAUAUUGUUAUAUUUCCAUGGAAACUAAAAGUCUCAGAUUCAUGAACGACUUUUUUCAUCAGAGCAACAAAACAUUUUUAAACCUGAUGCUUCCUGAACCCAUAGGCUCCGCCCACCUCCCUAGACACUCUCCCAGGGCAUGCUGGGAAAUGCAGUCACUGCCCCUCCCCUCCCCCGCCCCCGCCGCCUCCACUGUGUCCCCGUCUGAUGAUGUCAAUUGCUGUCUACCUCCACACCUGCCAAUCAUUGUGGGCGUUUCCACGGUAACUGAGAGUGUUUUCGUUGCAGUCCUCUGUGUGACCACUAGAUGGCUCUGAACCUCCACACAGCUCCUUUAAUUAUCCAUUAACAUUAAUGGCUGUUAACUAAUUAACUAAUGAACCAGUUAAUGAACAAACUGAAACAGGUGAUGAUUGGUCAGUGAACCUGACCGUGGUUAAACUGCCGAGGAUCAUGGGUAGUGUAGUACCACAUGACUGUGGAAGUUUUUUGAUGAAGAUUUAACUUCACAGCUUAUUUUAUUACUUAUAUUUAUUUUACUAUGUUUGCUAUUAUUUAUCUUUUAUUUUUUUAUUUAUUAAAACUAUUUCCAACACUUAAAACAUUCAUCAUUUCUAUUUCUAUUCAUUCAUCCUGACCCUAAGUCCCAACAGAGAAACCAGUCCCCAGAGUUUCUCUAGAGUUGAACCAGGGCCGUAUUCCUAAAGAUCCUAAAGAAGAAGAACUCCUAAAUUAGCUUAAAAUUCCUAGUCAUCAUUUCAGUGGGUGGGAUUGAUCCUAAAAGCUUUUGGUGCUAAUGUCCAUAGAAUGGAGUCACAUCAAUAAACUGAAUCCUAGAAUCAUUCAGUGUUUGGAGAAUAUCUCUCCUGAACACAUCUCACUGCAGAACCUUCUUUAGGAACCUUUCAUCUUUACCUCCAUCUAGGAAGAACUCUGAGAAAACAUCUGGGUUCUCGUUUAAUUUCAUAGACUUGGUCCUCGAGUAGCAGCUCUUUGAAUCUUUAGGUCCACGGGUCCUGAUCAUCUACUCGAUCAAAUCAUCCAGGAUUCAAAGAAGGUUCAGAAACGAAUGUUUGAUGUUUACAUUUGACUUUUCUUUGCUUCAUGUCUUUAAUUUAUUCUGUAAUUGAACAAAUUUAAUCCUAUUCAUCGUAUUCAAUGUUUAUUGUCACGCGAACGUCAAAGAUCUGAAGAGGAAAAAGGAUAAAUGCAGUAACUACGAGCUGCUUUGGUUUGUUAUGAAGGUUUCCUCAGGAGACUGACCGGAGGUUUGAUUAGGUCAAAGUCUGCAGUCGAUCACAGUUCAACCAACUCUGGUGUAGUCCAGCCUUCACGUGCUGAUCCAUGAACACAUGAGGCAAACACUCGCUAACAGCAGCCUGCAGACGUCCUGCAGGAACCACGUCAACGCACGGACCAGCUCCAUGUUUUUAUCCUGACAUUUAAUUCAACUUAAAAUGAAUUAGAUUUAACAUUUAGAAUCAUUUUUAUCUAAACUGUGAUCAGGACAUUUGUGGUUAAUCAUUAAUCGUAUUGAUUAUUGUUGGAGGUCGGCCUGAAGAUGAUGAUGAUGAUGAAGAUGAUGAUGAUGAUGAAUCUUCAUCAUGACGAUGAAUCUUCAUCAUCAUCAUCAUCUGACAGUCUGAGGUCAGUUUGUGUAGAAGAAUAAAGAAAUUAUUUUUGUGUCACUUCCUGUCUCGUCAGCUGUAACUGUAGAAAAAGAACUUUAGCCCCGCCCCCUCGCUCUUUGUUUCCUGUAACUGUCAAACCUGGAAAUAAUAAACGGAGAUUUAUUUGACUUUAA